AUGGGAGAUUUCACCAAUAUUGAAUCCGUUCCUACAUUUCGUAUUGGAAAAAAAUGCGAGGAUAGAAAUUUCGAUUUGUUCAACGAGGGAAACAAAGUCGGUCGGUACGAUGAUGGGAGAAACGAUGAAAACAAAUCCACGGUUACGAACGGGAUAAAAAAAUUUAUACCGUACAACGCGAACAAACUGAGUUUUUUCGGAGAAAUAUCGAAAUUUCAAUUUUUCGACAAUAUAAACAAUAAGGGAAAGCGAAAACCGGACCACGAUGCCGACGUCGACAAGAGAAAAGAAAGCGAAAGGAAAAAUUUUUUUUACGAAAGCGACGACACGGAAGAUGUACAAUAUAGAAACGGAGUCACCGGAAAAUACGUCCAGGGAAAGUUCGGCGGCAAAUACGUUACCGGAAAUAGUAAAUACGUCAACGAUGAAAGCGGGGGAAAGAGGGAGUACAUCAAGGGUAAAAAUCCAUUUAGCAAAAAAUUCAUACAGGGUACGAUUUAUGGGAAAGACGUUUCGGAGAGUGUCGGAUUGCGUUCGGUCGCGGUGGGUACCCGUGGAAAAUCCGACGAUAAUUUCACAAAGUCGUCGUCGGACGUCAUCAGUAUUACGAAAAAACAAGAGGAAGAUGAGGUUUCGUUGUUUCCGUUGCAAAAUCAAGUCGGCGGACACACUCGUCUCUUGCUAUUGAAUCAAAGCACCAUAUGUAAGCCUUUGAAUCCAAGAGAAUUGGACUUUUAUCGAAAUCUUCCUAGAGAUAUACAAAUUUUCGUACCUGAAUAUAAAGGCGUUAUGCAAGCUACUAAUAGCGGGUCUAUUAAAUUGGAUAAAAGAUACAGUCCGAAUUUUCAAGACGAAAGAAAUAAAUCCGCGGCGAAGAGAAAAAGGGACAACGUUCUCAAAAUGAAAGUUCACAAGAAAACGGAUGUGGAUAUCAUAGGGAAUGGUGGUUCGACGUCUUUGGACAGCACAAAUCGACAGUAUUUCUUAUUGUUAGAAAAUAUAACUUCGAGAUAUCGUCAACCGUGUAUUCUCGAUUUGAAAAUGGGUACUCGACAGCACGGUGACGAUGCGUCAGCGGAAAAAAGAACGAAACAAAUGGCAAAAUGCGCUUCGAGUACUUCGGCAAGGCUCGGAGUAAGAUUGUGCGGAAUGCAGGUGUAUCAAGCGGAUACGGAUCAUUACAUGAAAAGGGACAAAUAUUGGGGUAGAGAAUUGGACGAACAGGGUUUCAAAACGGCACUCCACAGGUUUUUCCACAACGGGUAUCAACUCCGUAGUCACGUGAUAAAAAAAGUUUUGACAAAAUUGGAACAAUUAAGACACGUUAUUGAAAAACAAACGAGCUAUCGGUUUUAUUCAUGUUCCCUGUUAGUGGUUUACGAAGGUUUCGAAGAGGAGUGGAACGAUUAUCCGGGAGUUAAUAGUCUUUCAUAUCAAAAUCAACUUGUGGUUCCUCGUGGUAUAGAAGAAUGUACGAGACAUUCGGAAGGGAGCAGGGAUGCCAACGGGAGCAGUUACGAUGCUGACAAUUCAAAUUCAUCCGCGGAUAAUAUCGGAUUGGAUGACGACAUAAGUAAGGAUUCUCAUCAGAGAGGAUUCGGGGAAGCUGCAGCGAGAGGAUCCGGUUUUCUACCGAUAUCGGAGGAAACGAUGUUUUUAGACGCCAAUUCCUGUCGCGAAAAUAGAAAUUGGAAGGAAUAUUCCUCUGGAAUGGAAGAUUUAUCAGCUUCCAGUUGUUCUUCCGACGUCGACGUCAAUUUGGGUUCGGCGGCAAAAAGGUCACGACAGCAUUCGAAAGAUUCGUCGUACAUAGACACGGACACGGAAUUGGAUCUCCGUCAACUUCAACUUUUUUACAAUUCAUCGGAUUCGGAAUCCGGACCGGAAGUGUUGAUGAGAAAAUCUAAACAUUCCGACGAGAAAUUAUUAUUAUCAUCAUCGUCAUCAUCUCAGUCUCAAAAGAAGACAAUUCCAAAGGAAAACGUGGAUGGCGUGGAUGAUGAUGUGGAUGACGACGACGAUGAUGAUGAUGAUGAUAACGUUGACGUUCGAAUGAUUGAUUUUGCUCACACGACGUUUCACAAACUCGGAUCCGCCGGAAAUGAAAGAGUCCAUCACGGUCCCGAUGGGGGAUUCCUAACAGGUUUAGACAGUCUCAAGAGGCUUUUAUGUGAGAUAUUACAAGAGACCGAGAAAAAAAAUUUUUUUUUAAUGGAAAAUUACCUCGACGUUUAA